GUCAGGCAGGAGUACCUGUCGUAUGUGACUACCUUUUGGAUCAGUGGUUUGCACAUGGCGUAUUCUGGUUUGAACUUCAUUCGCACUCUCCGCAGGGCUCGUAUACGACGGCGCCUUGUUGCAUUUGCGGAGAAGUGGGCGCACGUAGUAUCGGGGCUUCAGCGUCCCCGUGUGGUGGGCGUCUCGGUCGCGAGCGCUGACAUCAUGGCCAUCGGGGACAGUGUCCCGGACUAUGUGGCCGUGGCUGUUCAGAAGAACCAGGUGAAGAUGGCAGGUAAGUAUAACAGCAUGGACUGUAUGCGGUGUUUUAUGCACAUGCUUGAGUUUUGCAUGGGCUGCGCGCCCACGGAGUAUACCGAGGAGCUGCAUCGGUGGUUUCUGAAGCGGCAGUGUCGGAAGUAUGGGCGCAAUGCUGCGGCGGAGCUCGCGUAUUUUGGCGUGGUGUCCUGCGACAGUAUGACCACAGCAUUGGGUCGUAUGAGGAAGGCUCUAAACACCACGUCUCAAGUGAGUGCCGCGACCAUGUAUGUAUUGUUCUGCGAGACGCGGCAGGUUGAAUUGGAUGGCAUUCCAGAGUUCCGUGUGCUCGCGAGUUGUCUGAGCGUUGUGACUCAGAAGGUCCAGCACAAUCAGCAGUAUCGCGGCUUGGUCAAGGCCGCGAAGGGUCUGGGUAUCAAGUACGCGAAGUCGUAUACUAAGAAGAAGCUCGCGGUGCUGGUGCAGCGCGGUAUGCAGAAGCCUGCAGGCACGGGGGCGCGGAAGAGGAGUUACGAGGAGCUGGUAUCCGCAGCGAAGGACCAGAAGAAGCGGGAGUGGCUGAAGGUAUUCGAGACGUUGCCGUCGCAGUUGCUCAACGUAUACGGGCCUUCCAAGUUCGCGAAGUUAUCGGACAAGCAGGUAUGGAACUAG